GGGGGAAGGGAAAGGCCGAGGGAGGAUGUUGGUUGAGUCGGAGUGGGAGAAGAUGGAAGAGGAAUGGGUGAAAGAGAAGACUAGCUGACUUUGCUGGAAUAUGCAGUCUGCCGGCCUUCAAAACGGGGUUUCUUGUGUUGCUUUGCGGGUUCAUGUGUGUGUGGAUGUUCUGGGUUAAAGUUCCAGCGGUUCUGGUCUCGGUCCACGGUAUUUCUGUUUCUUGGUUGGACAUUUCGGUUAGUUCUAUGGUGUCAACGUUUGUUUUCUUUUCAGGUCAAGCUUCUUGUUUCAGCUCGCGCUUUCCUACUACCUGUACGUAUCUCCAUGUUUCUUGUCUUCGGUUUCAUAGGUCUUUCUCUCUAGUCAGAGCCCAACACGUAACGAACCGUUCACCACACGAUAGUAUAGACGCUGGGAUUCAAGUAUAGGCGGGCAGGAGGCAGCUAAAGUGGGCUUGUUCCUGUUUCCAAGCUUGAUUGUCAGCGUCUAUACUAUCGUGAGAUGAACGGCCCCGUUGCAAUGUCGACGCUACAUCUUACACGAAUUUUAUGAUCAUUUCAUAGGUAGCUAACUGAA